AAAAUAAAUUAAGCUUAAGGAAACUAAAAUAAAAUGGAAUAUAUUAAGAAUGAGUAAUAAAAACAAAAUGAGCGCAUGUCGACAGUCAGUUGUCUUCCCAGUCUCCUCUCUUUCGGCCUUUUUCAGCAGUAGCAACAUGGUUGAGACGGGGAAGACAGCGGCCCCAGCCCCGGCCAAGAGGCUGCGGGUGAGGAAGAAGAAACCCGCAGACCCCGCCCUGCGUAAGAAGGUUGCCAAGCCAAAGAGGGUUGCCCCAGCCAAGCCUGCGGAAGUAAAGCCCAAGGUUAAGCGACCACCCAGGCUCACCAAGGCUCAGAUCGCCAAGGCCAGAGUUGCCAAGGCUGCUGCUAAGGCUGAAAAGGCCAAGGCAGCUAAGACCAAGCCUGCUGAAGCCAAGAAGCCAGCCCCCGCCAAGGCCCCGGCCGAUGGAUCCAAGAAGCUGCCGGCUGUGCCUGAGAUCCUCCUCAAGCGCAGGAAGAGGAGGAUUGCCACCAAAAAACACAAGAUUGCCGCCAUCAUUCAGGCCAAGAAGGCUCUGAGGUCCAAGCGCAUGAAGAUCUUCCGUCGUGCCGAGAAGUACAUCAAGGAGUACCGCAAGGUGGAGAAGCAGGAGAUUGACCUCAUCAGGACAGCCAAGAAGGAGGGCUCCGUGAUUGUGCCGGCUGAGGCUAAGCUGGCCUUUGUCAUCAGGAUCAGGGGUGUGAACCAGGUCCACCCCAAGGUCCGCAAGGUGCUGCAGCUGUUCCGCCUGCUGCAGAUCAACAAUGGUGUCUUCGUUAAGUUGAACAAGGCCACGAUCAACAUGCUGCGUAUUGCUGAGCCCUUCAUUGCCUGGGGCUAUCCCAACCUGAAGACUGUGAAGCAGCUGGUGUACAAGCGAGGCUUUGGCAAGAUUGAGCACCGCCGCAUCCCACUCACCAACAAUGAAAUGAUUGAAAAGAAACUGAAGUCCAAGGGCAUCAUCUGUGUUGAGGAUCUUGUCCAUGAAAUCUACACUGUGGGUGACAACUUCCAAGCCGCCACCAACUUCCUGUGGCCCUUCAAGGUGGGUUGCUUCGCAUUCAAUCAUACAUUCAUUUAUGUAUCACAGAAUAGUGAAAGAAAUAUGGAUAUUGUUUUAUUUCUUGCAGCUUAACAACCCAACUGGUGGAUGGAGGAAGAAGACCACUCACUUUGUGGAGGGUGGUGAUUUUGGCAACAGGGAGGACCAGAUCAACAGCCUGUUGGCCAGAAUGAUCUAAAUGAAAUAAACUAAGAGGAAGGA